CGAGAAGACUAUGCGCUAAACACAAAUCCAAUUGGAAUAAACACAAACCGAAUUGGAAGCGAGGAAUGACGAAAGAAAAACUUAUACGAGACGAACGCUUUAGGAAAAUGAUGCAAAUUGAAGACGGAUUCGGUGUGGAUGAAGUCGACUACCACGAUGAUUGUGAUGAUUCUUGCGAUAAUCCUGAAUUUGGUUAG